AUGUCCUGCUACGACCUGUGCUCCACCAACCUCGCUGGCAUCAGCUGCCCCCAGCCCCUGGCUGACAGCUGCAACCAGCCCUGUGUGAGGCAGUGCCCUGACUCCAGCGCCCUCAUCCAGCCCCCUCCAGUCGUGGUCACCUUCCCUGGCCCCAUCCUCAGCUCCUUCCCUCAGAGUUCUCUUGUGGGAUCCUCUGGAACUCCCUUCCUUGGGGCACUGUAUGGAUAUGGAGGCUCCUCCCUGGGCUUUGGGGGCUCCUCCCUGGGCUAUGGGGGACUGUAUGGAUAUGGAGGCUCCUCCCUGGGCUAUGGGGGACUGUAUGGAUAUGGAGGCUCCUCCCUGGGCUAUGGGGGACUGUAUGGCUCUGGGGGCUCCUCCCUGGGCUAUGGGGGCCUGUAUGGCUAUGGCAGGUCCUUUGGUUCUGGCUCCUGCAGCCCUUCCUCCUCCCGCUUCAGCAGGCUCCGCCGUGGGAGCUGGGGGCCCUGCUAG